AUGUGGCGGGCCCUCGUCCUCCUGGCCGCUGGGGCCGGGGCGUCCUUCGUCCCCUCGUUCCCAUGCACUCUGACUACAGACCCCGCGGAGUGCGUCGACACGACGGUCUCCGGCUUCCACGUCUGCGCCUGGUGCGCCGCCCCCGGGAGCCGGGGCUGCCACCCCGUGGGCAGCGUCUACAACGAAUGCGAAAAAGAAUGCUGCGUGGCCCGGGGCGCGGCGUCGCGGUGCGCGCAGAGCGAGCUCGCGGGCCUCGGCGCGUGCGACGGCGCGGCGGCGACGGUGCUCAGCGACGCGUCGGCGUUCGCGUCGUCGCGCGCCGGGACCCGCCCCGCGCUCGCGUUCUCCGGCGGCGGCGCGCGGGCCUUCACGCUCGCGCUGGGCUGGACGCGGGCCUUGAAGGCCCUCGACCUCUGGCCCGCGUCGGGCCUCCUCGCCGCCGUGUCCGGCGGCGGCUGGUUCUUCGGGCCGCACUACUACGGCGACGACGCCGCCGCGGACCUCGGCGCGACGACGCCGCCGGAGACGCUGACCCUCGCGGCCCUCGCAGCGUCCGCGACGCCGAAGCUCUUCUCCGCGCCGGGCGCCAUCCUCAAGACCUGCGUCGAGCUCCUCGCGGAGCGCGCGGUCUACAGCCACAAGCCCCUCGACGAGAUCUGGCGCGACGCGAUCUUCGCGUCCUACCUCGAGCCCUUCGGCGUCGGGAGCCACCAGCCCUUCUUCGCGUCGGACGGCGCGGCGAAGGCCGCCGUCGCGCGGAACCCGGCGCUCUACGGCGGCGAGUCCGCGCCCCUCGCGCCGCGGUCGCCGUCGCCGACGCUCGUCCUCGGCGGCUCCGUGGAGGGCCCCGCGGAUCUCGUGCCCUUGCAGAAGAAGAUCUACCUGCCCCUGGCCCUCGGCGCCGACGCGACGGGCAGCCCCAGCGCCGUCGACGUGACCUACGCGAAGCGCGGCGGCGGCGGCAACGAGACGCUCGCCGUCGGCGGCCUCCAGGAGACGUGGGCGCUCGGCGCCGUGCCCCUCCGCGCGGCGGCGCGCAACGAGUCGACGGCGGUGGCGCUGCCGACGCACCUCUUCUCGCUCGCGGACGCCGUCGGCGUCGCGUCGAUGGCGCCGGGCGGCGUGCUGACCCAGAUCUUCGGCGCGGGCGGGGCGAGCGACGGGACGGCGACGGGCGCGGCGGCGGCGACGCUGUCCAACCUCGUGCCGACGAAGCGGCUCUGGGCGCCGCCGUCGCUCGCGCUGCCGCCCUACUUUGUGCUCGGCGACGGCGGCGACGUCGAGAACUUCGGCCUCGUCCAGCUGCUGCAACGGGGCGCGACGCGCGCGGUCGUGUUUGACGCGACUUUGUCGCCGCUCGCGCCCCGGACGCGGUGGGACCCCGCGGCGCGCGCGCCGACGGCCGCGGACGUCGACGAGUACGUCCCCGCGCUCUUCGGCAUGGACGUGGGCCGCGACCUCGAGGCCGAGCUCUCGCACAACCACGUCUUCGACGCGCGCGGCUUCGCGCCGCUCUGCCUCGCGCUCCAGGACGCGGCCGCGCGCGGCACGGGCGCCGUCGCGUCCGCGUCCGUCGUCACGGUGCGCAACGACCUCUUCGGCGUCGAGGCGGGCCGGAGCGUCGACCUGACCCUGGUCUACCUGGACCUGCCGUCGAAGUGGCUCGCGGCGCUCCCGUCGGAGACGCGCGAGGCCAUCAAAAAGGGCGACGACUUCCCGAACUUCCCCUUCUACGACACGUUCACGCAGCUCGCGCUCGCGCCGGUCCAGGUCGCGCUCCUCGCCCACAUGGCGUCCUGGGUCAUCGAGCAGAACGCGGACCUCCUCCGGGAGAAGCUCGCCUCCGAGUCGGCGUAA